UUAUGUAUCUCUACAAUUUAACAUUACAAGGAAUUACUUCAAUCAAUUGUGCUGAAGUUUGUGUUGCAAAAGGCUCAGUGCUUCAAUUAUUAUUUUGUGACCCAAAAACUGGAAAAAUUUCCGUAAUUUGCAGUUGUGAUACUUUUGGAAUAAUUAGAUCGCUUUUGACUUUUCGUCUUACCGGAAGUUCUAAAGAUUAUAUUGCCGUUGCUUCAGAUUCUGGUCGAAUUGUAAUUCUCGAAUAUUCUUCACAAAAACAUUCAUUUGAACGUGUUCAUCAAGAAACUUAUGGUAAAUCUGGUUGUCGACGUGUUGUCCCUGGUCAGUAUUUGGCCGUUGAUCCAAAGGGGAGAGCUCUUUUGAUUGGAGCGAUUGAACGACAAAAAUUGGUAUACAUUUUAAACAGAGAUGCUCAAGCAAAUCUAACUAUCAGCUCACCACUUGAAGCACACAAAAAUUACAGCAUAUGUUUUUCAAUUGUUGGCAUUGAUGUUGGUUUUGAAAAUCCGACUUUUGCCUGCCUAGAAAUUGAUUAUGAGGUAUCUUUUUAUUUUAAGUUGAAGUUGUUUUAUUUUUCUGUUGGUUGUUUUUUGUUUUUCCUAUGA